AUGGCCACAAACAACAUCUAUCAGUAUUCUGUCCUGAGCGCUCUCAUGGAAGGCAUCUGCCAAACAGGGAUCACUGUUCGAGAUACUCUUGCAAAUGGUGACCACGGCAUCGGCACUGUUUCAAAUCUUAACGGCGAGAUAGUCAUCAUAGACGGCGAAGCAUACCACUUUCCACCAGGCGAAUCACUUAGAAAGCUUGAACUUUCUGAUGCGCUCCCUUUCAUCAUGAUCACUUGGUUCAAACCAACCAUUGAAAAGCUCUUUCCUUCGCUCAAAAUGGCUUCACUUCCAGAAGCCUUGGACCCUCUUCUUCCCUCUCAACAAAAUUGCUUUUUGUCAAUUCGCAUCGACGCGCUAUUUGAUCAUAUCACGUUCCGUGUGAUGGAAAGGCAAUCUAGGCCCCGAGAGUCUUUAGCUGAGCUGGCGAAGCGUCAGAAAGUUUUCGCUUUCGAGGCUAUCGAAGGUACCUUAUUUGGAUUCUGGUCUCCGGCUUUCAGUGGGGGUUUCAGUGUUGCGGGCUUCCAUUUGCACUUCUUGUCGAAGGAUAAGACCAAGGGCGGUCAUGUAUUGGAGUUCGAUACGAAGAAUGCCUUACUCCAAGCGGCCGCUAUCGACGAGUAUCGGGUUGAACUGCCCCAGAACGAAGAGUUCAACCAGGAGGUGAUCAAAAGCGCAAGAGACGAGGAUCUUCAUGCAGCUGAAGGGAGUAAUUGCUGCUAG